AUGCAGUCUACCACGAAGGUGGACGAGAGCCUGCGUCGGGCGUGGCAGAUCGACGGCUCCCUCCUCGGGCUCUCGAACGAGGUUGCUCAAGCCGUGGGGAAGAAGUACGCCUUGCACGCCGCGGAAGAGCUGGGGCUCAGGACCAAGGCCUUGGGCGUGGAGGCCAGGCUGUACAAGCUCGUGAUACUGACGUAG